AUGGCAGGCGCACCGCCUCCAGUAGAGAGACUUUUGGGAGAUUACGAAAGAGCAAACACCCCAGCCGGACGAUUGACAAUUGUAAAUCAACCAGUGACUGUGGACCACUUUCAGCUUCAUCCUACUACUAUCAGACAACUAGAGAAAAGACCUUUUUUUGGAAAAAUCAAUGAAGAUGACAACAAGGACCUUCAAAGAUUUCUCACCAUGACCACUUCGUUAAAAAUUGAGGGGCAUUCUGAGGAAGCUAAGAAAUUGGUAAUGUUUCCGUUUACUUUGUCGGAAGAUGUUGAAGAUUGGUUAUAUUCUCUACCUGCUGGAAGUAUAACUACUUGGGAACAAAUGGAAACCACCUUCCUUGAUGAAUAUUUUUCUGCCUCUGUUUACAUCCGCAAAAGAUAUGACAUUGUGAAUUUUAAACAAAAGAAUGGUGAAUCACUAGGAGAUUCGUAUAAAAGGUUCAAAAGGUUAUUGGUUGCAUGUCCGACUCAUAAUAUGGACGCAACUGAACAAAUGAAAAACUUUGUAAAUGGGCUGAAGAUGAAGACCAAGCAACUCAUUGAUACAGCUGCCGGUGGUUCAUCAAAUUUUACAACAGCCACUGGUAUCAGAAAGAUCUUUGAGGCAAUAGCUGCAAAUGAGCAUUUAGAGCUAUAUGACCGUACUGUGAGCCAACCAGAAGGGAUAGUAGACCUUAAGCUUGCAACCCAAGUGGUUAAAAUGGAAGAUCAGAUUGCAGCUGAGGUUGAGAGAAGACUGAAAGCCAUGAACGUGGGAACCCAAACUAUAGCCCAAGUUCAACCAACCCAACCACAAGCUCGAGAAGUUACUUGUGAGAUUUGUGGAGGACCCCAUUUUGCCAUGCAUUGUGUCGCAACUACUCAACAAGUUGAAGAGAUAAAUAUCCUGAGGCAGAAUAAUCCUUAUUCUAAUACUUAUAAUCCGGGUUGGAAGAAUCAUCCAAAUUUUGGUUGGAAAGAUUAG